AUGUAAUAAAAGUUAGAAACAAUAAAAGGUUGGGAUAUUGAUACAUCAUUUGAAUCUCAAGGGAUAUUGAAACCUAAGAUUAAUUAAAUUAUAGCAGAAGAACCUUGUUAAACAAAAACUCUCUCUUCAGAAAGAAAACCAUCUCCUAAAAAAAUAAAUAAGACACCGAAAACUCGAACUCCUAUAAAUUCGGUUCAUUAUGAAUAAGGAAGUCUUAGUUCAAAUUCUUUAGGCAAAUUAUAUGUUAAAAAACAAUUUAAAUAACCUCUCCCACCUCCUCAACUUCUAACAGUGUCUAAAUUAAAAUUAAGAUUAAAUGCUCUUCCAUAAUAACCUUCAAUGCCAUAAAAAGCUUAUUCAAGUGCUCAAUUAAAUACUAUUUUGUAAUUAAAAAGAAAGAAUAUGUAUUUACAAUCUAUCUUGAAAAAAGUAAUAAUAAAUUUGUCUAAAAAUACUUAAGGUUAAUAAUAAUGAGAGUGAAGAACGAUACAAUAAAUCAUAAUGUGAUCAAUUGAUGGUUACUCAUAACAGAGCUUCAUAAUCGAUGUGGAUGGAGAGUACUAUGGCCAUGCGCAGUUUCUUUAACACUCGAAUUGGACAUUUUAAAGCAAAUGGUACCAAGCAUAAGUUUGUAGUGUGAU